CAAGAAGGAAUUAUCAGGGAAUGUUGGCGUCAGUCAGUUGCAUAUAUAAUAUUUGUCUAUUAUUUUCUAUCCACAAAAUGGUAAUACCCUUCUAAGCUUUCAUUAAAUGAAUUGCUACUUGCCAACUCAGUCGAAGAGUGCUAUCGUGGUCGAAUGAAAGAUUGUAUGUUUUUAUAAGUGAAAUGCUGUAAGCAAAGUAAAACCGACAGGUCUAAAGGUCAAAAUUUAGGACGUAUUGUAUAUCUGAUUAAGUUCUAUCUGAUUAAUACAUUUUGUGAGGUGGAAGUAAGGUACCAAUAUGCCUGGCUGUAAGUUGAACCUACGUGAGCAGUUGGAAGAUAAUGAGCUGGAUCUUAGCAUGUCCGAAAUAGAAGAAGUCCCAGUGCGAGAGAUUUCACAGAUCAAGAAAGCUACAAGUCUGGAUUUGUCUAACAAUCAAGUGAAGACCCUUGGGCAUAAUUUUGCACCAUUGCUUACACAUUUGAUAAAACUGGACUUAAGCAAGAAUCAUUUGACUGAGUUACCAAUUAACUUUGGGGAAUUGGUCAACCUUCGGCACUUGGAUCUGUACAGCAAUCAGAUAAAACAUCUGCCCUUGAGCUUGGGACAACUCAAGAUGUUACGAUGGCUGGACUUGAAGAGUAAUCCUCUGGUGCCAAAGUUGGCUGAGGUAGUUGGGCCCUGCCUGGAUGCACAACAGUGCCAGCAGAGUGCCCGCAAUGUGGUGACCUUCAUGCAGACUAUGCAGGUUCAGGUAGAUGAGGAAAGGCAGCGCAUAUUGCUCCAGAAGCGCAAAGAACAAGAAUUGGCUGAACAAGCACAGAAGAAGGAACAGCAGCAGAAGCAGCAGCAACAGUCUCAGAAGAACAAGAACAAGAAGAAGAAGAAGAAGGCUGCUAAAUCUAACAGCGGUAUUCAGGUGAAGACUGAGAAUGGGACAACUAAUGUGACAGGAGAUGAUGAAAAUGUUUGUAACUUGGAGAAAGUGGCUCCAAAACAACAUACCUGCACCCACAGCAAACCUGUCAGAAAAGUGACACUACUGAUAUUUAGAAUAUUUAAGUCUAUGUUGCUUGGGUCAUUUAUUACGUCACUGGCACUGUGGCUAUUGUAUCUCAUUGACGAAGAAAGAUUCCGUGGAGCACAAGCACAUGCAGAGAGUAUAUGGAAUGUAACCAUGGCAGCCAUGCCUCAGCAGGUUAUUGAAACAGGUCAAAACUUAAAAAAAAUGACAACACCAACUAUAGCAUUUGUCUGGAGCAAAACUGAAGCUGCUUACAUAUGGAUAAACACAAAUCCAACAGUUAAAGAAUACUAUGAAGUUGGCGGAGCUUUAUGGAAGGUACUGUUUUCAAAAGUAAGUGAUUUGUAUCGGGACAUUGAACCAACAAAUUCCACUUUAAGUGGAAACAGUAAAGAAUGAUAUAUUUUAAGAAUGUUUUUUUGUUAUAAGUAACUGUGAAUAGCAUUUGCACAGUUAUAUAUAAAAACAAAUUAAAUUACAUGUUGUAUGUCUUGUUUUGCAACAUUCCUUUUUGACAAAACAUUUAUUUGAUUGUAUGUAAUAUUUUGCUGCUGUUUUAAUCUCGUGUAUUACAUAAUGCUAAAACUUUUCAAAAAUCUGCAUUUAUACAUUAUAUGAGUUCAUAAAAUAUUUGUGAAUUUAAAAGGCUACCAUAAAUAUCAGGUCCCUAAUACUAAUGAAACAGUUUGGAAUAACAGAUGUUUGCACAUCUAAAAAUAUAGCAAAAAUGGAUUUACUUGAACUUAUUUUGUACUAUGACUCUGUGCAUGGUUUUCUGUAAGCUUGCAAGAUUUGUCAGUCCAUAGUUUAUCAUCAGUAUAUAUUGCAUUCAUUCUUGCUUCUGUGAUACAACAUGCACAAGUGCUUGUGGAGGAUCUGAGGAAGGCUGGAUAAGGCUGGGGCCACACGGCCGUACAAAGUACGUCCGUUGUAACGCACAUCGUUACGCCCGUCAUAGAAUUAUGAAGGGGCAAGACCACAGAACGCAAUGGCUUCUUCUGGCUCCGUUGGGGCAAUUGACGCAUCACACUGUGCUCGCGUGGUGUCCUCACCUACGUCCAUACAAACGUACGUCCGUUUCAACGGACAUACUUUGUACGGUCGUGUGGCCAGGGUCUAAAAUGUCGAGUUGAACAGGUUGUGUCAUCUUGUGUAAACUCAGUUCAGACUGUACUAACUACUCUGAAACCAUGGUACAGAAGUUAUGAUGACUUGGCUAAAGAAGAAAAUAGCAGCUUUUUGCAAAUGAGUUUUUUGUGCCCUCCAACAUUCAGAACUCAUAAUUCCACAUUUUUUCUGAAGAAAAUCACACAUUUCUGUCUAGACCAAUCAGUACACUGUAUGAUAAGAUUUUAAAAAUAGCUAAUUUGCUUAGUCACAGAGAUUUUACUUAACAGUCAGAUAUAAUACAAUUAAAAUUAUGUAUUAUUGAUUUUUUUAUGUACCAGAUGCAGCACUUUUUUCUUUCAUAAAAUAAAACUCUUACUAAGAAUUGA